AUGUUUUCUUUGAACAGCCGGAAGUCACAGCUGGACGAACACACGAGCUUCCUCAUGUUCACGCGAUAUGAGGACACAAGCACUUUCAACCUAGUCGGGGCAGUCUCCGAAACGUUGGGAGUGCCUGUCGAAGCCGUUCUGGAAAUCUUUGGCGAGUUCUUCUUUGACUACUGUCUGCGGCACGGCUACGACAAGAUGUUGCGUACACUCGGCAGUGACAUCAAGAGCUUUAUACAGAACCUGGACUCUCUACAUUCUCUUCUGGCCUUAAGUUACAAGGGGAUAUCAGCCCCGUCAUUCAGAUGUGAAGAUGGACUUAAUGGCGAACUGAUACUCCACUACUACAGCGGACGUCCUGGUCUCUAUCCUAUUGUCAAAGGGGUUCUCAAGGCGGUAGCUCGAGACCUCUUUGACCAGUCCGUAGAGAUGACCGUUCUGGAGCAGAAUAAAGAAGACAUUGGGUGCAACCAGUCUCAGGAACACACUGCAUUCAGAGAACUUGUCGAGUUUAACCCGGAGAAAAUUCUUCUGAGAGCUACAGAUUUCUGUUCAGCUUUUCCUUAUCACAUCAUUUUCGACAGGGAUCUCAGAAUCAGGCAAUGUGGCGAUCUGGUCCAGAAACACUCCAACACAACUGUCACAGAGGGUAUGCCACUGACCAAAGCUUUCAGCAUUGUCCAUCCUAGGAUGGUCCUCACCAUCGAGAACAUUCGCAAGUUUAUCAACGCCGUCUUUCUACUGGCCAUGAAGCCAAGUGAGAAUGGCAGAAAAACUUUCUUACUAAAAGGACAGAUGAUUUGGUUGGCGGACACCCAGCACAUGAUCUUCAUUGGCUCGCCGCGACUGACUUCACUCAAUGAGUUGUUGGAGAUGAACGUCUACUUGGCCGACAUCCCCCUGUAUGAUGUUACUAGGGAACUGGUGUUGCUUAACCAGCAACGGAUUGCAGAGAUCGACAUUGCGAAACGACUGGAUGAGACGACGGCGGAGUUGAAGAGAACAUCACAGGCCCUAGAGCAGGAGAAGUGCAGGACCGAAACCCUUCUCCACCAAAUGUUGCCUAGAAAAGUGGCCAUAGCUCUAACCAACGGGCGGAAGGUCGAGGCUGAGAAGUUUGGCCAGGUGACCAUCCUAUUCAGCGAUAUCGUCACUUUCACCAACAUCGCCUCCGCCUGUAGCCCCAUGGAUAUUGUCAGCAUGCUCAACGAGUUGUACCAGAGAUUCGACGCCCGCACUUCUCAACAUAAUGUCUACAAAGUGGAGACGAUUGGAGACGCCUACAUGAUCGUCAGUGGUGUCCCUGAGCAGACCCGCAUCCACGCCCAGCCUGUGGCUAACUUCGCUCUGGACAUGGUCGAAGACGCUGGUCUGGUUCGGUCCCCGGCGACUGGGCUCCCGCUACAGAUCCGAGUUGGUGUCCACACAGGCCCGGUGGUGGCUGGUGUAGUUGGGGUCAAGAUGCCUCGCUACUGCCUCUUUGGGGACACUGUCAACACAGCUUCACGCAUGGAGUCCCAUGGACUGCCUGGUAGGAUCCACGUCAGUCCAACCACUUACCAGGCUCUCAGAGGCUGGGGAUAUGCCUUCAAGCACAGAGGAGAAAUGGAGGUGAAAGGCAAGGGCAUCAUGGGCACGUACUUUUUGUGUGGGUACCUAGACCGGCGUCUCGCGGAACCCCAGGAUAACUUUACUGACCUAGACAUAUUCCAGGAUGGCACAGAGAAUGAGGACUACACAGUGUGGCCGAGAACUACGUCGCAAGAAAAACUAGAUAAAAAUGCCGAAAAGGAUCAAGAGAAUCUCUGUGAACCUUCUCAUGGGGGUGUUCACAGUUCUGACACCGAUAUAGAAUACGACGAAAGAGUAACUUUCAUUUCCAGCACGGAUUCAGAUCACAGUCCCAAGAAAGCGCCCAAUGUCCGGAAACAUGAGAAUCAAACACCCAAACUGCAAGAUAAUGUUUACAACAACAGCUCCCAUGUCCCGCUUGCCUGCAGCAUGCAGCAACAACAAAGCACCGGACAAAAGAAAUCCUCAAAUUCUCCACAACAAAAUGUGUGUCUGUUCCAAGGUUUAUCUUCACUAGCGUCAGACAUCUCCAGUGAAGUCCAUUCAAUCCGGAGAAAGAGUAUACUGAUCACAAAAUCAGUGAGUACACAGACCUCCCUGCUGGAUUCGCGUGUCCCAGAAGACUGUCUGUACAUUAAUGGUUCGUUUAAGAAUGAUUUCCGCGAAAGAAUAUAUACAGGAAUCAAAGACUGCCAACCGCAGGCUGAUUCUGUUAAAGAAUCGCUCUCACACGAAAUACCCAUCCUUGUUACCAACGACACGCUUUCAGACAAAGAAAAGGAACAAACCUCCACGCAAAAGAAUGGCGAGAAAAGGACGCAGCUGCAUUCUGAAAAUGUCCUGUGUAAUAAUGUACACAGUCAAUCCUCUGUUCAGACAGUCUCUGAGAGAGGAAAGAAAGGACAUUCCAUGUCGAAGGACGAACCAUUUUGUGUGUCUAGUCCAAAGAGUCCUCUGCACCAGGUAAGACCAUCGUCCACAUCUCUAGAAAACCUCAAGAGAUUUGACACAGAUGUCAAGAACAGACGAGCAAAGAAGCACCGCAGCAAGCUGUGCAAUAUAGUAUAG